AAGAGGUUUUGUGGAUCAUCUAAAUCGCCAGAAAUUGUAUCAGUUCCUGAUGGGAUUGAAUGAGUCAUUUGGACAAGCAAGAAGUCAGAUCUUGCUGAUGAAUCCUAUUCCUACAGUAAAUCAAGCCUAUGCUAUGGUAGUAAACGAUGAAUGUCAAAAGAUGGCCUCAAGUAGGUCGAGUAUAGGCCUAAGUUCUAUGGGUAGUACUGGAAUGGACCCUCUGGCAAUGUACUCAAGAACUGGUGGAGGCUCUAGUUCCCAAGGUGUUAACAAGUUCAAGAGGAACUUUCAAGUGGUGUGUGAUUUUUGCAGAUGCAAGGGACACACUAAGGAUCAGUGUUAUAAGCUAAUUGGGUAUCCAUCUGAUUUCAAGUCAAAAAGGAAAGUGAAUACUAGUACAGGAACUGGAGCUUACAUGGUUGGAAAUGAUGUUAACAACUCAAGGAAGGAUGAUUAUGAGGAUGUGUCUGGUAGAGUUUCUUUCAAUUAUGGAGGUAACACUAAUGUACCUGUGAAAAAUCAUAUGAGUAAUAUAGAGGAAUGUUCAAACCAAUUACAAGGGUGUAAUUUCACCAAAGAUCAGUAUAGUCAAAUUCUCCAAAUGCUGAAACAGAGUCAAGGAGGUGGACAAAAUUCAGAAGAUUCAAGCCAUGCACAUGAAACUCAGGCUAAUACUGCAGGAGCUUUACACUGGCAAGGUGAGGGAAGUUGGUAAAGAGGAGGAUGGUUUGUACCUACUGCUAAGGAAUUUGUCAAAAGAGCAAUUGAAGCACCAGUCAUUUGUUGUACCUGAAAAGAAGCUAGAGAUACAACAGUUAUCAGAAAAGGAAUUGAAUGUAUGGCACAAGAGGCUAGGACAUGGAUCUGCACAAAUGUUGAGUAAAGUUUUUCCUGUUAAUUCAGACGUAGUAAAAAAAGUGCUAAAUGAGUGUACUGUUUGUCCUUGUGCAAAACAAACCAGAAAUAUGUUUCCUGUUAGUAGUAUUAAAAGUAGUCAAAUUUUUGAUUUGAUUCAUUUGGAUGUAUGGGGUCCAUACAAACAGGCAACUUUUGAUGGUAACAGAUUUUUUCUUACAGUAGUUGAUGAUUUCUCAAGAAUGA